AUGGUAGAAAACAUACAGCUGGGCAUGGAAAGGAUGAUCUCCGAGCUUGAGGAUUACAAAAGCCGAGGAAUAUUCUCUCCAGACGAACUAAGAAGAAUCGUAGAGACCAGGAGAAAGUACGAGCUCAGACUCCAGAGGCCAGAAAAGAAACUUUUGGACUUUAUGCGGUACAUAAAGAGUGAGUGCAUACUGGAAAAAAUAAGAGACAAAAGAGUAAAAGAAAAAAAAGUAGGGGCAUCAUUCCACGACAUGAGCAUACCAAAAAAAAUAGUGGAGCUGUAUAGAUCUGCUUUAUAUAGAUUCAACGACCCAAAGAUAAUUUCCCAGUUCGCCGCAUACGUAAUAAAAAAGAAAAUGUACGGGGAGAUGAAAAACGUGUUUGCAGAAUGCUGCACAAAAAACCCCUUGGACGUUGAUCUUUGGAUAUAUUGCGCAUUCAAGCUGUUCGAAAUAGGAGAUAUUGAGAGUUCCAGAGCUAUGUUCCUCAAAGGAAUCAGAAUGAACAGCAGAAGCUCAAGAAUAAGAAUUGAGUUCUUCAGGAUGGAGGUUAUGUACAUCGAAAAAACAGAGAUUUUGAGCAGAGAGAUAGGACUGGAUUCCGACGACAAGGAUGAAAUCGAAAGAGGAGAAGUGGCAUUUGCAGUAUUUGCCGAUUGUUUCAACAGUUCAUGUUUCACUGCAAAGGAGAUUGAUGAAGUCCUGGAGAUCUCCAAAGACGUUAAGGAACUUAGAAAAAGAAUUGAGGACUAUACCAGAGGGAAGGGGCCCUAUAAUUAA